ACUCGAUUUAUACUUGCGCAUUUCAGCUGGGUAGUACACAAAUUCUCUUAUAUAAAAUUAUUUUCACAUUCGGUACAGUGACAUGUCCUUACCGUAGAUAUUUUCCCAAGAAAAUUGUAAAGUACUACUGCGGGAAAUUUCCCCAGAUGUAGGAAUGAAACACCUGGUGAGGGAGUGAGUGCCCGCAUGACCCUCCGUCAUGGCGUCACUCACAAGCUUCCCUUCUAGUUCACUGCCAGUGUGUGGCCUGACACCUAUCACGCCUCGUAACCGUAAUACAGCGCUCGCUGAUGACCUCUCAGAUUCUGACGAUACAUUUUUCGUGCCUCGUCCUCGUCGUCUUCGGCAGACAUCUCAUCUAGUGUCAGAUAUCCCAGCUAAGAUGGUGCUCAUCACUACCACGUCGCGCGCCUGGGAUGACGAAUUUUGCGAUAUUAGUCUUGAAAAUGUUGGUGAUCUGAAAAGUGCCAGUGGUGAGUGCUAUGAUAAAGAUGCCGCCUCUUGCGGGAAGAGUAAGGUUAGGCAAAAUUUAAAACAUAUCGCGCGUAAGAUCACUAACAGAAGAAAGGAAUUAAGUGAAGUCGCACUUGUGAGGAAAGAAGACCUCUCAAGUGGUACUUGUGAACAGGUCAACCUCCCUCCAUUCGAGAUAUACUGUGACCAUAACGAAGACAUCCUAGGUCACAGGGAUCCCAUGUUAGGGCAGCUAGGUCACCAGGGGUAUGUCUUGGAGGGAGGCUCCAGCAGGCACAGACGAAGGCAGAACUGUUCCUACCAGGUACAGGUGAACCCCCAGGCCUCACCUCACUCUUCAGCCUCACCUACUGCCUAUUGUUCCUUCUCCAGCCUCAUGAAUGCUGCCGACGACACCGCCUAUGGUGACUCCGACACUGCCACUGCUACCAGCGACAGGAGCAGACAUAAUAGUGACAGCAGUAGGCGGGGCAGCAGACAGCGGAAGCGGUCCCUUGUGGACGAUCUGCUGCUCUCCAUCUACCGUCACCAGCGGCGACGCAGCAGUCUUGGGGAGUCUGACACCCUCACAGAGCACUCCACCACCUCUGACACGCCCGCACAUCACCACGCCCACCACCGCUUCCAGCCCUCUUCCUCUAGGGUCGUCCACCGCAAGUUCAGACUUCUCGACAAGGGCUUGGAUGAGCUGCUGAUAUUGGUGGGGUCGCUGCAGGGGUCUUUGUCGAGCCAGUGCUCCCUGCUGGUGCGGGAGCUGAAGAAGAGAGACAAAUUACGACAGCGGCGCGACCAACAGAACGACGUGAUCACCGCCAUCCUGCACGCCCUUUCUCAGAAGCGCAGCCAGGACACGAGGAUGCGGUUCUCGGUGGCGCCGCUGCCAGGAGAUUCAGGCUUCACCCAGUGGCACGAUGCCAUGAUGAUGUGUGCCAGGCUGCCCGGUGGCAUCCCCCAGGAGUUCCGGCGCAGGCUGUGGUUGACGCUGGCGGAGAAGCACCUGCAGGCGCGGGGAGUGAGCUGGCCGCAUGCGGAAGCCUUCUGCUUCAACGAGUGGUCCAACCCUGACGACGAUGACCUGGGUGACCAGAUUGUCAAGGACCUUCACCGCACUGGAUGUUCACUCUUCUGCGGGGAGGAAGCUGAGGACAACCAGGCCAUGUUGAAGCGGGUGCUGCUAGCCUUCGCUCGCUGGAACAAAGGUGUAGGCUACUGCCAGGGCUUCAACAUGCUUGCUGCUAUCAUCCUCGAGGUCAUGGAGCGUCAGGAGUCGGACGCACUCAAGGUGAUGAUCUACCUAAUAGAGGGAGUGCUUCCAGAGUCCUACUUCGCUAACAACCUGCGGGGACUCAGCGUCGAUAUGGCCGUCUUCCGUGACCUUCUUCGGCUGCGCCUUCCUCUGCUCUCCCGCCACCUGGAACACCUCCAGCAUGACGCAGCAGACCUAGCCACAGGUACCAGCUAUGAGCCGCCCCUGACCAACGUGUUCACCAUGCAGUGGUUCCUGACUCUCUUCAGCAACUGCCUGCCCAGGGAGACUGUGAUGAGGGUCUGGGAUCUAACCUUCCUGCAGGGAGACGAGGUCCUUCUCAGGACCGCCCUGGCCAUCUGGGACGGACUGGCAGAACGCAUCUUGGAGGUUCAUUCGGCGGACGAGUUCUACACAGUGAUGGGCGUCCUCACCAGAGAGAUGCUCACUUUCGGUCUUAUGGACGCCAACCACCUGGUCCAGAUGGUGGUAGGGAUAGCACCAUUCCCAUUUCCAGGCCUGGCGGAGCUGAGAGACAAGUACACGUACAACAUCACGCCCUGGACGCAUUCCCUUCGUCCUCGCCCAAACGGGGACUGCGACUCUUCUACUCUGACGACGACGACGACGAAGAUAACGACGAGGAUGGCCAGAAGAUCGCGGUGGCCACGGCCUUCGGUCUGGCCGGGAUCUUCAGAAAGAUGUACAAAGGGGUAUAACAAUUGGGAGUACAUGCCAAAAACCCCUUUAUAUGCAGAGCAUAUCACAUACACUGGAAGAUUCUCACUAAUUUGCACUGUUUCAGCAUCUCAGCAGCGUGUGAGCUCAACCUUAGGGGGUGGGUCACACACUGGGGGUGGACACAAGUCGACACCACUCACCAUGAACCACUUGCUAAGGGGCAAGAAGGCUCUCACCUCCAAGACCAGGCGGGUAGUGCCACAAGGAGUCAUCCCAGUUAUCAAACCCAAAAAGAAGGCCGAACGGAAGUUGAGCGACUCAACUGGUACACGCUCAACCCCUCAACAACCAAAACAAUCACCAUCUAUAAGAUCCUCAUCCAGCCCCAAGCAAUCCACACAACGCUUAUCAAGUGAUUCUCAAGACCCACCCAAAGUGGAGACAUUACACUGGAAAGACACUCCUAGAAGAGACCGUCGAGCUUCCCUUCCUUCAGGGGUCAAGCUGCUAGAGGGUGCCACACCAAGUCUGGGAACACUUGGAGUUCCCUCAGAGAUAGAUGAUGAUGAUGGUGGUAGCAGCACAUCUACAGAGCUGUGCGAUGAUGAAGAGCAGGACAACCUGAGUGACAUUGAAGUUGAUCCGUCUACGGAACCUCGGCCUGCAACAACCUCCCCUCGUCUUGAGACAGUUCAUGAGAAUAGCAAAGCAACAUUAAAAUCAAAAGAGCCUCAGUCUGAAGGAUUAGUCCAAGAUAAAGCACUGCAGCUAGUAUCCCAUGAGACAUUACCAUCAAUAGUGCAACUAGAAGAAUCAAAAGCAGAUACAAAUGCCCACACUAUACAGAAAGCAGAGACAAUCAUAAAUAUUUCCACUGCAGACCAAGUCAUGUUACAGGCAGAACCCCAAAAGGAAAACUCUACCCAACAACUACAAGAGCCUGUGGCACCUGUCACAACCGAACCACCACUAUGGGAUUUUAAGUCCAUGGAAACAGGGAUCCCACUAGAGGAUUUAUUAGCUGGCAAGAAUCUAACGGCUGCUGAAAUCAUUGCUAGGAUUCCAUUUCCUAGUGAUGUCAGCUUUAUGCAGCCAAGUUCUGAAGGCACCAAUAAAUUCAGCAGUGAAAUUAAAUCAGGAAUUCUAGGAUCAUCCUCACCAUUUGCCACACAACACAAUGUCACUCCCGAGAGAUCACCAGUGGACAGUCCAGUCCCAAGAAUUACCUCACCAGAUAUUGGAUAUGAGUCAUCUUUAACAACAAAGCCAUCUCCAAAUGUAUCACCAUCAAAAUCACUUUCUUCAACACCAUCUCCAAGGGCUUCUCCCAAUCACAAAUCAUCCAGAUCACCCAGUAAAUCUCCAAAUCUUUCACCUUCACAAAGUCAGGAUAACCUAGGAUUUCCAAAACUGACCCUGGUGGGAUUACCUCCUGUCUCUACCUCUGAUAUUACACAAGAUAGUGUUCUGAUCCCUCCCAAGUCUCCAAAAAUCACAGUUGAGGAUGAAAAGAGAAAUAUUUUUGAAAUUUAUACUGGCCAUCCCAGUCCAGUUACCUCCCACCUGCAUCCUAGUGAAGAGGAAAAUGUAAAUGAGUUAUACUUUGAAAAUGCAUUGGAAAGCAUUUCAAGUAGGAGUGAAACAUGUCCUGACCUAACCAUGAGCCACCAGAAAAAUAUGGGAAAUGAUGCAGGGAGUGUGACCGUCACACCAGAAUAUGAAAAAGUAAGUGAAGUGAAAGUUUCUGAUGCAUCUGUAACAGAUACAUCAGACAAUCUGGAAAAGAAAUUUGAAGAUGCAUGGGACACUAAGAUACAUCUUGAAAGUUCUAAGGAUGAGUUUACAUGGCUCAAAGAUUCAUAUAAUGAACCAAGUGAUUCUGAAAAUUAUGGGAUUAAUGCUAGCCCUUCAACAAAAGACGUUUCCCAGACUUCAGAUAGCAUAUUUGAUGCGAUUUGCCAAAGAUUAAAAGAAAAUGUAGCAAAGACUGAAUCAGAACCUGUAACUGUUGAAACAAAUUUUGCAACAAAGUCAGAAUUUUUGUGCCUUACAGUGAGUUCAGAAGAUUCUACAUAUUCUGGAGCACAGAAAGCUGCUGGUGUUGAUUUGCAAGAAGCAUCGCUUGAUGUUGUCCAAGUCAAAACCUCAGGAUGCACAUCGCCAGUUAUAAGCACGCCAACAGAAGCACUAAAUACCAGUUCUUGGCUUUCUUCUUUUACCAUGACUGUUAACAGUGGUUUAAUUCCAUUAUCAACUUCUGACAACAGUCUUGAUUCUCAACUUUCCAAACCUUCUGAGGCUGGUAAUGAAAUGCUCAAAGCAACAUUUAGUAAGGAAGUAACAGAGGCCUCUUUUGAAAACACUAGUUCACCCAUUAUUACAGCUUCUGAAGCUAAAUUUUCACCCACAUUUAUGACAGUGGAUAGUGAUUUUUCAAAAUUUAUGAAGACAUACAGUAGUACAUCAAGUGCUGUAAUCGACAAUGAUGAAGAUACACACUUAUUAAAGGGAAAACUAACUGGUAAUCUUGCCUCACAAACAGCAACAAUCUUGAGUGAUGGAAUUACAUCAAUGACAACAACAACAAUAGCCAGUUGUAUUUCACCAGUAACAACAUUUGACAAUGUCGUUUCACCAAAGGUUGUUACUUCAGAAUCUAUGUUGCCAUGUAUAUCAAGUGGCAUUUCAGAAUUUACAAAAGCAUUUGAGUGUGAAACUGUUCUCGCAGGAAUUGACAAGGAUUUAUAUACAUUUGAUAACACAGACAGCUGCAAUUUUUCAGCUGAGGAUAAAAAUACACAAUUAGCAGGACUAUUUAAAAAUGACAGCUUUUCUACAGUGGCAUCGGAGACUGGUGAAUAUCCCUUAGUGACAACUUCAAAUGAUUGUCAGAUUUUUUCCAUGAGUGAAUCGGAGAGUGUAUUGUCAUCACCUACAAUGGUAGCAGAAGACUCGACCACAGUGGAACUCUCACUGGUUAGCUUUCCAACUUUACAUAUGGCAAGUCCAGCAACCAGUACUCAUUUGACCUUCAGCAUACCAAGUGGAGAAGUGACAUCUUCAAAUAUCAGUAGUGUAGUUACUCAAGAAACUUCAACCCCAAAAGGUAUCUCUUGGGAAGAAUCUUGCAAAACUCCCAUAAAGGAUUUGGUAAUGGACUCUGAUACAUCUCUUGAGAAAGAAAUUUUGUCCUUGAUUGGCAAGGAUUCAGCAGCAUCUUCUGAAUCUGUUGCUGAAAAGUGUGAAGCGUCGUUAUCUAAUGAUUCAGUUAAAGAAGUAGAUUUAGAAAAUAGAAUGUCUCCAGUACUUUCACUAGAAGAAAGGAUUUUAGCUUUGCUCACCAUGGAUGAAAGUACAGGUACAUCAGCAUCAUGUCCAGACAGGCCAUUACCCCACAAAACAUUACCUUUAGAGAGCAGUAAAUUACCAUCAACCACCGAAAGUGAAGAGAGGCAUAUGGCUUCAUCAGAAACUUCAUCCAGUAAUUAUUCCUCCAUCACAGCAAGAGAAGAUGCAGUAACUUCAUCUCCAGUGCAGUCAUUAUCAGCAUCCCUGGAAGGUAGAUUAUCUUUCAUCACAAAUGAAGUUAAGGAUGAAGGGGAGGAAACUAGAUCAUAUGGUAGGUUGAGCGAAGCCAAAGAGAGAAAAAACUCUGAUGACUACGAAGCAGAGGCAGAAACUGAUUUUUUCAAUGGUAAAGACCUCAGCUCUGAAGCUAUUCGGCAAAGACUUUGGAGGGGUGUUAAAUCUCUCAGUUUGGAUGCUGAUAUUACUCUUGAUCCUAAUGUCUUUUGUUUCCUAAUACAGCAAAGUUCAAGACAGAGAAAUCAGAAAGAUGAUGAGCGAAAAUUACCAAGAAGAAGAAACAGUGAAGUAGCCUUGCAAGAACUUGUUAAAGAAAACACUGAAAUUAUUGAAAGAAUUUUAAAGCAAAAAUCAGUUGAAGGUUCGAGUUUAAAAAAAAUAGACACCCCACUUGAAGAAACAAAAGCUAUGGGAGAAGGAUUUGAGAAAAAAGCAAUAGAUAUAUCUUUCCUUAUUAAACCUGAUAAAGAAAAGAGUGAAAGUGAUAAAUGUGUUGAUUCUGAGAGACAUAAGGCAACCAAAUCACUCUCAAAUGAAGCACCCCUUGCAGCUACUCUUGAAUCUCACGAAGAGGCCUCCAGCUCUGUUAAAGGAGUGUCACAAGCCGUCACUCAAGUUAAAGUAACUUCUCAAAGCUCAAAACCUUUCAUGCCAGAAUGGAAACCCAACUACAGGAGAGAAGACAGCUCCACCGCCAUCAGUCCAACUAGACCUAUUACAUUCAAUCCUUUUCCAACAAGGAAUGUGCCAAGGCAGCCAAAAGAAGUAGCAGUAAAGUUAGGUCUCUAUAGUCCUACUAAAAAGACUCCUGAUAAUUCCCCAUCUUAGAAAACAAAGUGAAAAAAAAGGCAUUAUCUUCUAAGUGAUAAAGACAGAAGUACAACCUAUGUGGAUAGAGCUAUAAAAAAAUUAAUGUACAUAAAAUGAUUAAGUGUUAAAAUUUGCAUUGUAAUGAGAAAAUAAUAAUGAUAUAUAAUAAGGCACGAUGGAAAUUUUUUAAUGAAUAUAAUCCUCAUUCUCUGGAGAUGAAUAUUUUUGAGUGACAAGAAUUUUAAAUUAGAGUAUAAUGGAAAUUUUGUAUGUAUGUCUGCAGGAAUUACAUUAUACAUUAAUCAUAUUAAGUUUUAACUGUUAGGAUAAUGACAUUUAUAAUUUGCCAUUACAUAAUGAAUCCUUGACAUAACAGACUAAUAGGGGUGAGAGGGUAUCCAUUGAAAGGAAAGUCUAUUGCCUCAAAAUUAUAGAAUUUAUUUUCCACGAUCAUAAACUGACAAUGGGACUUGGUCCAUUGUAUUUGGAGCCUACUGGACACACUGUAUUACCAGUAAAGAACAACUGCCUCAUGCAGUGGACUUUAAUCUGUUGUAUCAAGUCUUGGUCAUCUGGUCAAGUAUUUUGUCUGUUGUAUAUGAAAUACCUUACAUAGGAGUCCAUUAUGUUGAAGAUUUACUGCAAUUACUUUCUUGCAAUAUGAUACAGCAUCCUGAUACAGUGUUUUAGUUCUAAAUGACAUGAAAAACAAAUUUUCCUGCACACACUCCUAUGUUCUUUAAGAAAAAGAGUCGGCAAAUACAUACAAUGGGUAAUUUAGUUCCUAGUAAUUUCACAAGGUGCAAUAAAUGUAAUACAGCAUAAAAUUAAGAUAUAUUCAUUAAUGGAGCCAUACCUAAUAGGGACCAUUUGAAAACAUAUGAGCACUGAAUGACAUUUGCCAAAUCUUGUAACCUACAAUGGUAUUAACUGAUCAAAUGGCCAGUACAGACACAGGGCAUUUUAGAGUAUAUAAGCCUUUCAUUUAUUUAUAAAGAGCAAAAGAAAUUCUUGUAAUAGAACUCUCGAUAAUCCCUGUCUUGCAGAUGUUUUCAGAACUGCUUUUUUUAAAUACAGAUGACUUGUAUGAAAUAGCCAGGUCCCUCACAUUCCAAAUUGAAAUGUGUUUCCCUUAUAAUCACUCGUUAUUGCCUUAAGAAAUAACAUGCUAUAGGAAAUCAGAAAUUUCUACAACCUUUAGUGUGUAUUAAAAAGAUUAUUAAUGCUAGUGAAGAAUGAAAUAUAUCUUAGGCAUAUUUAUGCAUGGCAAGCAUUCCGUAGUUUAUUGGACUUUAAAACUUUAUUUAAAUGUUUCUAUGAAUAGGUAUAAAAUACAGUACACAGAUGUAUAAAGAAAUAAACCAUGUUACUAAUGGGAUGAAACUUUUGCAAGUUAUCAGGAUCUUGAACUCUUCUUUUUUAUACUUUUUUAUACUUGUAUGGUUGCAGUUAAAUUUAGUAUGUAGAAUAUUCCCAAUACAGUACUUGAGGCUUGGCAUCGUUUCAGUGUGUGUCAGUGUAUGAGAGAGAUUACUGUACCUAUUUUGUAUUUGUGACUACUGGAGCAGAGUUGUACUCAUUGUGUGCAAUUUCAGGUAUAUUUUAAAGUACUGUACUGUAUGUCAAAUAAUUUUUUAAAGCUUCCAGUGGUUGUAGUACUCAGUACUUCUUCUUGGAUGCCAUUCCAAAAGUUUGUCACAGGUGUAAAGAGAUAUAUUUUAAUGCCUUUUGAGCAUGGCUUUACUCAUACUGUGGUUUGCAGUUGUGGCUAGUUCUUCUGUCUCUUGACGGUGCUAAAAAGUCUUCCUUGCCUACAGUGAAACCUCGGUACUCACACUUAAUUCGUUCCAGAAGGCUGUUCGAGUCCCAGUCUGUUCAAUCUGUUCAAGUACCGAACAAAUUUUUUCCAACCAACUUUCUUUUUGGUUGACUUAUCACUAAUCUUCGUAGGCCCUACAGUGACUUAUUUAUACAAAUAAUAUAAAGAAACCCAAAAAAAACGUGAAGAAACAUAAAAUAGUUUACAGCGAAGUUCUGGCAGGUCAUGUUUGUUUGGUCGAGUGCUGAGCAGACGGCCGACUACCGAGCAAUUUUUUUUUACCAAACAAAACAUUCGAAUACCGAAUUGUUUGAGUAGGGAGCUGUUUGAGUACUGAGGUUCUACUGUAUUUUCUCAAUCUUUUAGCGAUUCUGUGUGUGAUUAUUGUAUAUCUUCUUCCACUUCUUGUAUCUAUCAACAGCUGCAUUUACAUUGUUUUUAGUCUUCCCUUGUAAUUCACAUUUUAUCUUUGGAAACCAUUUUUGUAACACAUCUUUAAAGGUUUUACAUUUUAUCUAAAUUAUUUUUUAUGACAGCACACUACAGCAGCAAACUGGAUAAAUAUGUUUUUCUUCAGAAUAUUAUCUCAUAACCCAUGAUAAUAUCUUCUCUUAUUCAUCCACUUUUUUUUUCAUCAAUAUCCACUAAUAUUUGUCGUACACUUCUAUUUGUACUUUUGUUUAUGUAUAUUAAGAGGAGCAGAGGUGUUAUAUUUUCCAAGCAUGUAAGGCAUGCUUUCCACUCCCCCACCCCCACACACACAAAAAAAAAUCUUAGAAAAUCACCCUGCACCUUGUAUGCUGAAGAUCAGGGUCAAGGGUAGGCUUUGGCUUACACUUUAGCAUUUAUUUGCUAACGUUAUGUUACAAUUGCUUGGAAAUGUCAUCUUAUAUAUCUUUUAUGCUUAUGCACUUUAUGUGCCAGAAUAUAUGAUAUACACUCAGUAUCUCAUCUUCACUGUUGAGUUUUUGUGCAUCUUUUAAAGAAGUUGCCAAUGGUUGCUCAUUAGCACAUUCCAGCUUAUCUUGGAUCCUGUGCUUGCACUCUGCUACUCUGCUGCUAGAACGACACUUGUUGCACACCAGACCUAUAUUACAGAUAAUGUUUUGCUCUGCAUAGAGCUCAAACAAGUCUGGUCAGACAAAGCUCUACCCAGAGCAAAAUAGUCUAGAAUAAUGGUUUUCUGUGGUGGAGCUGAUAAAGUGAUAGCAACAAGCAAGCUCUAGGUAAAAGACACAUAUACAAUGAUCAAGACAUAUAUUAAAAGAACAAAGAUUUGAUUUUGUUUGUAAAGGUUACAGUGUGUAAUUACAAUUUUGGUUUGCUAAGUACAAAGAAAGCCACUAUCAUGCCAGAGCAUUUCGGGCAGACUAAACCUAGUACAUAAUAGCUUCUUAAAUCUAGAUAAGUUGUUAACUUUUAUUGAAAUCUGUAUUUAAUCUUAAUACUAAUGCAUGGUAGUGAAGGUGGAGGUUUAUAAGAAUAAUAAUCUUGAAAUUGCACGUAAUAAAAACAAUAUUACAAUUAAUGGUUCAAGCAGUAAUAUUUCAUGGAUUGGCAGAUGCUUAAUAGACUAGAGGUCAUGUACUAUAAUAACUGAUUAGAAGUUGUUUUGGUUGGUUUGGUUAGUAUUGAGAAAUGAGAUGAUUUUUUAGCAAAGUCCUAAAUUUAAAAGUAGUCAGGGGAUCCUUUACCGGUUCAGGUAGUGAAUUCCAGAUCUUCGGACCCUUUAUGUGAAUUGCAUUUUUGCAUAGUGAGAGACUGACACGAGGGAUGUCGAAGAGUGCCUUAUGCCUUGUAUUGUGACAAUGUGUUCUGUUGUAGCUAUCAAGAAGAAGUUUAAGUGGAGGGUUUAUAUUGGAGUUUAAUGUUCUGUAUAUGCGUGCAUGAGCAUGUUAGAUAGGAGUGAAUGGAGACGAAUGGUACUUGGGACCUGACGAUCUGUUGGAGUGUGAGCAGGGUAAUAUUUAGUGAAGGGAUUCAGGGAAACCGGUUAUUUUCAUAUAGUCGGACUUGAGUCCUGGAAAUGGGAAGUACAAUGCCUGCACUUUGAAGGAGGGGUUUGGGAUAUUGGCAGUUUGGAGAGAUAUGUUGUGUAUCUUUAUAUGUAUAUGCUUCUAAACUGUUGUAUUCUGAGCACCUCUGCAAAAACAGUGAUAAUGUGUGAGUGCGGUGAAAGUGUUGAAUGAUGAUGAAAGUAUUUUCUUUUUGGGGAUUUUCUUUCUUUUUUGGGUCACCCUGCCUCGGUGGGAGACGGCCGACUUGUUGAAAAAAAAAAAAAAUAUGUAGUAGGCACAAUAAUAUGAGUGUAUGUCUUGUAUAUUUAGCAAGUUCAAGCUUUUGAAAAGUGGUAGGUUGUGCUGUCUAGCACAGGAGCUGGUGAUCAUCCGCACAGCAGCUUUUUGUUGAAUUAUUAAAAGUUUAAGGUGGUUGGCUGUGGUUGAUCCCCAGGCACAAAUACCAUAGGUGAGGUAGGAAUAUAUUAAAGAGUGGUAUAGGGUAAGGAGUGUCAUUUGGGGUACAUAGUAUCGUAUCUUGGAAAGGAUGCCUACUGAUUUGGAAAUUUUCUCAGAUAUAUGCUGGAUGUGGGAAUGAAAUUUAAGAUUACAGUCAAGGAGAAGACCUAGAAAUUUACCCUCGGUGUGUCUUGAAAUAGGGAACCAUUUAUCAGUACUGUAUAUUAAGUUGGAUACUUAAGGUUCUGUUUUCAGACAGCAUGAAGUAUGUUUUGUCUGUGUUGAGAGUGAGUUUGUUGGUCAUCAUCCACGUAUAUAUUUUUAGCAGCUCGUUGUUUACUGUACUUCUCGUAUAGCUGGGAGUAGACAUAAGUAGUGUCAUCUGCGAAUAGAACAGGUUUAAGGAGUUGGGAUGCAUUGGGGAGAUCAUUUAUGUAGAUGAGAAAGAAGAAUAAGAAUAAGAGAGAGAGAAUAAGAUUUUGUUCGGAUUUUUAACCCCGGAGGGUUAGCCACCCAGGAUAACCCAAGAAAGUCAGUGUGUCAUCGAGGACUGUCUAACUUAUUUCCAUUGGGGUCCUCAAUUUUGUCCCCCAGGGUGCGACCCACAACAGUUGACUAACACCCAGGUACCUAUUUGCUGCUAGGUGAACAGGACAACAGAUGUAAGGAAACGUGUCAAAAUGUUUCCACCCGCUGGGAAUCGAACCCGGGCCCUCCGUGUGUGAAGCGAGAGCUUUAACCACUGGGCCACUAUACCCUGGGGCACUCCGACAGCUACAGGCUGGAUAGUGGAGUUGACUCCAUUUGUGUAUACAUACUGGUGUCUAUCGUGAAGAUAAUAUUUUAGGUAAUCAGGGAAUGUCCUCUGAUGCCAUAAUGAUUUAGUUUUAGGUGCAGGAGAUUGUAGUCCACUGUAUCAAUGAAGAGCCCCAGAGGAUAUUCAUUUUUAUCGAGGGCUGUAUAUAUUAGCUCAAGCACUUAUAUAAUAGCAUCAUUUGUACUUUUUUUUGGUCUAAACCCAAACUGGCAGGGGUUAAGUAUAUUAUUGGAUGUAAGGUAGGAGUAAAGUCGUUUGUGUAUUAUUUUUUCGAGUAUUUUAGAAAAUAAGGGCAAGGUUUGAUAUAGGUCUGUAGUUGUUCAGCUCAAUUGGAUCACCUCCUUUGAGGAUUGGAGUAACCCUUGCUGUCUUGAGUAUGGAUGGGAAGGUUGAGGACUCGGCAGAUUUGUUAAACAUUGUUGCAAUAAUGGGCGACAGCACAUGAGCAGUUUUUUUAUAUAUGAAUGGUGGCAAGCUAUCUAGGUUCUCCUGGUUUGUUUUUUAUGAUUUCAUGAUGACUGAGACUUCAGUAGAAUUAAUUGUUGCUAGAUAUAGAGCACAUAAUAUGGGUAGUUGCCAGUGAGGUAGUCUUUUGGCUGGGUAUUUGAGCUUGGAAUUUUGCUUGCUAGCUUUGAUCCUACAGUAGAGAAGACAUUAAAUUUGUUGGCUGUGUCUAUAGGCUGUAUGUGAGGGUUAUCUGGUUUAAUUAAGUUUAUCUCUGUUUCUAGACAGUUUUCUAGAGCCCAAAAUUUUGGAGAGGGUUUGGCAGAUCCUUUUCAUAUCACCUUUUAUUUCGUAAUACACUUGCUUUGAUUUUCAUGUUAGCUUUGUGAGUACUGAUGUGUAUUUAGCCAAUUCUUUAGUAAUCAGGCCUAAUCUGAGCAGUUUUUUCAAGUUGGUGCUUUUUAUCAAUGGAUUUGAGGAUACUGUUUGUUAGCCAUGGGCUGUUUAGUCUCUUUGCUGUGAUCUGCUUUGUUUUGAUCAGACAAUGCAUGUUAUAGAGGUUUUGGGUUUUAUGUAAAAAAGUUUUGACAUCUUUGUCAGUAUUGUUGCUAUCAACCAGCUCUUUCUGCCAAUCAGUAUCACCUAGUGCUAAUAUUAAAUUAUUUACCUAUGGCUCAUCAUACAGGUGAAAUGAGAUCUUUCUUGAGUCCUGAGGCAAUUUACAUAAGUUGGUUAUGAGAAAGGUGGGGUAGUGGUCUGUAUAUUUCACCAUGAGUGGCUUCUUCAGUCCUACGCUUGACUGAAGAAAUCGCUUGUGGCAAAGUGUUUCCAUAAUAAAUGUCUUGAUAAGUACAUAUGUCUUUUACCUGGUUUGCUAUACACCGAGCACCUUUCUACCCUCCAUGUAUGCAAUGCUUUCCAUCUGCCAUUAUGUCCAUGAAGAAAUUUUUAGUAUUUUUUCAGCAUUGCUUUUCUUUUGGGUUACAAUUGUUCUCCUUAUUGGUGUGUGUGUGUGUGUGUGUGGUGUACUCACCUAAUUGUGGUUGCAGGGGUCGAG